AUGACUUUGACGCAGGUAUGUUUUAGGAAUUUUCAGCGGUUUCAGCUCAUUAUGUCAAAGGAAGAACCUUAUGCGCGUUAUGAGGAACUGCGAAUGGAUCAAGGACAAGCAACUGGAAUAUCAACCUCCAACGGUGGAACAAGUAGUUUUGAUCAAUUUGAUGACGCUGCUGCAUCUUCGACUAAAAGGUCGCGACCCAUGUUUGAAUUUGAUAUUGAGGACCCUUUUGUUAAUAAUAAUGCUCUACAUCAACAAGAAAGAUCUUUAUCAGUAGCAACACCCCAGGGAGAACUAGAGAGAGAUUUCCAAGCCCCAGAACACUCCACUUUGUUCCAUGUCUCUCAAAACACUCUUCACCCUGAACUGUUUUAUCAGCUUGGGAAUAUGGAAAUGGGAGCAAAGAAUGGAAGUUACUUUCCAAUUCCUUCACCAACUUCUCAAGGCACUGUAACUAGCUUGAGCAAUGGUAGUUACCAUUAUCCAACAUCAAACUUCACGGCACAGCUACAUGGAGACUCUUCUUCAAGUCUCAAACUGUCACCAACUCAGGAAUUAAGUCCACAAAACCAACUAGUUGCAAAUGGUGCACCAGCACCUUGCUUUCCGACGACACAAUGGAACAGUUAUCUCAAUUUGCAGAAACCGCAUUCUCAACUUUCCACUGGCCUAGGGGCAAUCCCGGAGAUGAUGCAGUUCGGAGGAUUAAACAGUUUUUCUUCUGAUAGAAGUGGAAGAUCCUUCAAUGAAUCUCGAUCCUCAAACACUCCAAAGCAUGGGGUCAGAGGCAAGAUUUAUCCAAUUCCCAGCCCACGUGAAAUGGGAGAGCCAUCAUCAAGGAAUGUGAAGAUGAAAAUGACUCUGUCAAACAACAUGUCAUCGACUGAGCUUCAUGUGGGUAGCUUGCUUAAUCCAAUUACUCAAAACAAUGGAAACCCUCAGCCACCAAGGCUUGUGAAAAACUCCCUUUAUGAUCCAAUAUAUGAAAAAAGGGGCCUUCCAGUGGAUCCCAUUCUGAGGACGUUUUUAAUGGGGCAGGAAGCAUACAUGAUGCAAGAAGACUCGUCGGCAAAACACAUGUUCGAUGCCUGA